AUGCGGGAGGUCAACUUCAGUAUCCCCAAUGUCAACAAGGCCUCCGUUAACAUAACCACCACCCUCUAUGACCGACGGGCCCUUGAUUGUACAUCGACCCUACCUCUGAUUAACUCUCUCAACCAUCUGGCUUACCUCACGACGUCCUCCGCUCGAAUUCGUGAUAUCCUCACCGUGGAUGGCGGCAUUGAACGCCUAGUUUGCAUCCUCAAACAGGGUCGCAGCAACAACCUGAUGGAGAUGUGGAAAUGGAGCCUCGCUUUUCAAUGUGUUGUCAACAUUGGGGUACGCGGCUCAGAGUCUGUCAGAACUCGAGUGGUUGAGGCAGAUAUGGUGCCUGUUAUUGCCACGAUUCUAGAUAACUAUAUCAAGGUAUUUGACAAAGUUCGCGCUCGAACGGACUCGGAAUCCCAGUGGCACAAGCACCAUCAUCAUCAUCACAAGACGAUACAAACUACCAGUGAAGAUCACUCUACCGAACAAUCCUCCGCCGUUCAACGCCCUUCUCGCCGUCAACCUCCUCCUUCCCGCAUUGAAAUCCCACCCUUCUACCAUGACGCCCGUACCGCAGACUCCAACACCAUGGACAUUACAUCCCCUUCCCGUGUACCGAUGACAUCCCCGCCCGAGAGAAGCACGUUUGGUCAUGAGGUGCACGCUCAUAGAUCUCAUGCAACUCCCCGCCACAGAGCAAUACAGCCCUUAGCCACAGCUAUUCCUUCCAUAGAUACGACUGACGGAUUUGGUUUGCGCCCAGUGCGUGAUACUGAGAGACUCCCUAGCAUGCUCCCUGCUAUAUUCAACGGUCUUGCAUCUCAACCCGAAUCUCCCACCACACCAAACGGAGCGGGGAACCAUCGAAGCAGCACACAGACCAUCAUUGCGUCUCAUCAGCGUCCGUCCCUUCGACAGCAACAGUCAGGCUCUGGCGAAUCUGAUGAUGCAAACAUUGACACGUUAGGGGAUGAUGAUGCGACUACUGGUGCAGCUGAACCAAUCGUCGAUAUACAGAGCCGAAUGGAAAUCGAUGAUGACGGCGACAGAAUUGAUACCGUUUCCAAUGCGCAUGAUUUGACUGUAACCGACACUUUAGAAGGACAGGAGGCCGAAACAUUCAACAUAACCCAUCGCUCUACUGUCAACAAUACACCUCAGACCCACGGAGCGCUUGGUCUGUCGCCCGCUCAGGCUGUCAACAACGCCAACUCACCCGCCUUUGUGCCGAGCCCAUAUUACACAUAUCUCCGUGAGCGAACAAACGCCACUUCCCAAAACUUUAUCAACACACUGCCGCGCGAAGAGGAUGUACUAAUGUCGCUGCAACUCUUGGCCUAUGUCAGCAAGUACUGCGAUCUCCGUUCCUACUUUCAGAAUUCCCACCUGGUGCCCAAACUCAAGAUCGAUCGUGAGCUUCAAAUGCUGGAUGAAGGAGCCUCGCCAGUUGAGCCAGUUGACGUCGAAAAAGAGCAAGACGAAUAUCUGCUCCCUGACGAUUUCAACAUCUUCCCCUUGGUAGAGAGAUUCACUGUUCGAUACCACGCAAAGGACAUGCAGUACUGGGCAUCGGUCGUCAUGCGAAACCUCUGCCGCAAAGAUGAAUCGAGAGGUGGCAUCCGACAGUGCGCAAACUACAAGUGUGGCAAGUGGGAGGAAUUCCAACGUCAAUUCGCCAAGUGCCGACGCUGCCGUCGCACCAAAUACUGUAGCAAGGAUUGCCAAAAAACCGCGUGGGUCUAUCACCGACACUGGUGCCAUACCUCGCCAUGA